GCUUGCUCUGCAAUUGUUCGCCAUGGCCGGCAGUAAAGCUGCACAGUCGAUCAAUUCAAGAGAAGAACUGAACGAAUUGGUCCGAAGAAGAACGGAAAUAGCGGAUACUCUCGCCAAUUUAGAAAGACAGAUUUAUGCUUUUGAAGGAAGUUAUCUUGAAGACACACAAUUGUAUGGGAACAUAAUCCGUGGAUGGGAUCGCUACCUAGCAAAUACAAAAAACACAAACAGUAAAGCUGACAAAAGGAACAGAAAAUUUAAAGAAGCAGACAGAUUGUUUUCAAAGUCUUCUGUCACUUCUGCUGCAGCUGUAAGUGGAUUAGCAGACAACAGUGAUAAAAACAGGGACCGAGAACCACCAUCUAGCCCAGACUCCCAGAAUAAUCAAAACAGUGCCAACACACCUCAGACCAAUGGACAGGGACCAGGAUCCCCAGGGGGCCACAGCAGUUCACAGAGUCACUCGGGCAAGAUACACAAAGGGGGUGGCCCUAUCCGACACAAAAAGGGCAAGAACAAGUCUCGCCACAGAGUUGAUGCUAAGCUGAAGAAAGGAAGAGACGCUAUGGGAGAUUAACACAGUUUAGAAAAGUGGAGAGAAGAAAUGAUUUUAAAGUCCCUUUCUUAGUUGAUGUUGGAGUAUAUUUCCAUGAUGUAUUGAGGACCACCAUUAUCAGAAUACUUUUCAAAAUAUCUUUUACCUAAAACAUUCAGAGAUGCUGUAAGUAUUUGUGAACAAAACGUUUUAAGUAUUAGUUGGAAAAGAUUCUACAUCCGAGGAGCAAGGUUCAACAAAAAAAAGUGAAGCAGUGUUUUUGAAACUUGCAUGGAGGCACUGUGCGUCUUAACUAUAAGGGAGAGUUCUUAGUGACCACUUGACCAUGAUCUCUGGAAUGACCACCUGCUGGACGGAGUGAUUAUCCAGUGACAUAAAGUGGUCAGUUGACCAGUCGUGCCGUUUGACCUGUUGAGCCGUUUGACCGGUUGUAGUUCCUGUACGCAAGUUCCUGUUUAGAGUACAGGUUUAGUCAGUCACUCAUCAUUAUUGUUGUGCAGUUAUAAAAACUGAAAAUUGUGGUGUCCAGAACCUGCUUUAAAGUCAAAAGAAAUGUCUUGAUUUGUAGCUCAUAAGGCUUAUCCUUGUCACAUGUACAGUUGUAUGUCAGAGUAUCUUGAUUUCAACAUAUCAGUAUUCAAACUGAUUAAAUUGUUAUUGACAGUGUAAAGUAGGAGAAUGCAUGUAGAAAUGCAUACAUGUCAUUAGCUCUGUUAUUGAUAUAACAACUGGAAUAAAAAGAUACUCUAUUGGUAUUACAACUGGAAUAAAAAGAUAGCGUUACAUGAGUUAUUAUUCAGCAUAUGGAAGUGAGCAUAAAGUUUUUAAAAAAUUAUUUACAUGUUUCAUGAUAUUCUCAUAGAAAAUCAUACAUAACCAUUUAUUUUUGAUCAAAUGAAAAGUUUCUAAAGCACAUAAUUUAGAAGUUUUUGAACCAUAAUUCAAAGAAAAAAAUGGUUCUAAUUUGCAAUUGAAAAUUUUGUAUAUGUAGAAUGUUGGAGCAUGUGGUUGUUGUAAAUCUAUGUGUUACACGUAUAAGACAAGGUUUUCAUGAAUUACAAUGUGUCGAAACAUGUGUUUGUGAUAUUAUAGCUUAAAAUGCUCCCUGUUUUAAUUUAAGAAAUCAUAAUUAUUGAAAUCGCUAUUAAGAAAUAAAGACAUCCUGCAAUUU